CGGGAGGCAUCGGGGUGCCCAGACCUGAGGAGCAGCGGGUACUGGCAAUACCGGAGCAUCCUUGGGUGGGUACCGGGGCGGGUACCAGGAGGUACCGGGAUACCGGAACGCCUAUGUGCAGACACCGGGGGUCACCGGGUGGGCUGCGAUGCUCAGGUGUAGGGCACCGGGAGCUCCCGGGGUGCUGUGGUGGCUGUACCGGGGCGCGCCGCCCUGCCAUUCUCUCCAGCAACCCCUCUACGGAGGGCGCCCAUUGGCUGAGCCAGAUAUUCCCCCCCCACCCCGCAGCCAAUGGGGCGGGGGGGUGGGGCCUCCCAUUGACAGAACCGGCGCGUCGGUGUUUACCGGGGCGGGGCGGCGGCGGCUAUAAGAGCGGCACCGGGGGGCGUGCGGCUCCUGGGCUGCCCGCACCGCCCCCCCGCGCACCCCCCUGACCCGCACCCGCCGCAGCCUCCCUGCACCGCGCUCGACCGGAGCAUCCACCGACUUCAACCGGGGAAGAAAUCCCCGGUGCGGAGCGGAGCAUCCUCGGACCGGUGCGGAGCAUCCCCGGGCCGCCGCGGAGCGUCCACCGAAACGGAGCAUCCCGCAGCAUCCCCGGACCCGCUGCGGAGCAUCACCGAACUGAAGAUCACCGGGUCGUCCCGGGACCCCUCCCGGAGCAUCCCAGCGGCCGCCGCCCCGGCGGAGCCGCCCCCGCCGUGAGCCCCCGGGCCCCGGUGCGGCCCCCUGCGCCCCGCCCCGCCGCCGCCGCCCGCUCCGCACAAUGGGGGCGGCGCGGCUCGGCGCGUAGCGGCGGGCGGGGAGGCGGCGGCGGGCGGAGAGGAGGAGGAAGAGGAGGCGGCGGCGGCGUGGGGAUCCCGGGCCCUGGCAUGGUGCAGCGCGGUACGCGGGGCCGGGGCGCAGAGGCUCGUCGGGAGCCCUGCGCCCCGCUGCCCACCCGCGAUGCUGAACCCGCCUGGUGCAAGACUCCGAGUGGGCACAUCAAGCGGCCGAUGAACGCCUUCAUGGUGUGGUCGCAGCACGAACGCCGCAAGAUCAUGGACCAGUGGCCCGACAUGCACAACGCCGAGAUCUCCAAGCGCCUGGGCCGGCGCUGGCAGCUCCUCCACGACUCCGAGAAGAUCCCCUUUGUCAAGGAGGCUGAGCGCCUGCGCCUCAAGCACAUGGCUGACUACCCUGACUACAAGUACCGGCCUCGGAAAAAGGGCAAGGUGGGCGCCAGCACAUCCCGCCCGCGGCUCCCGGUGAAGAUCAAACCCUCCAUGCUGGGUCGUGUCUCCACUGGCCGCAGGCAACCUGCCAAGCCGCCUGCUGGCCCUGACGCCCCGGAGAAGCCUGAGUCAGAGGUGGCUGCCGAGGACUGCCUCGUGGUGCCCGGCACAGCCGCCUGGCACACAGCAGCUGCUGGGGAGCAUGGCCCCCAGGAGCCCCCCACACCCCCGAGUCCUGCUGCCACCUGCCCCGAGCUUGGGAGGUCCCCAGGGAGUGGGUCCCCCUCUCCCAUGUCAGCCAGGUCCCCUCCCUCCUCCUUCAGCUCCUCCGAUGAGGAGAUGGAGGAAGAGCUGAUGGGGGUCCUGCCUGGGCGGGCCCCCACCAGUGCCACCUGCGGUGCCCUGGACUGGUCCGUUUUCGACAAGGACCACGACCUCUUCCCACGGGGAGGCUCCUCGCACUUCGAGUUCCCGGACUAUUGCACACCUGAGGUGACGGAGAUGAUAGCAGGAGACUGGCUCAUGUCCAGCAUCUCGGACUUGGUCUUUACCUACUGAGUCCCGCACUCUGCAGGAAUCAGGUAUUUUGCCUUGAAGCCGCUGGAAGGCAGAGCUCUCUGCUCACCCCAUCCCCCUGGCACACACCCACUCCUCAUCCGUCUGGCGCUCGCCUCACGACCACGGGAUGUGUGGCUGGCCGCCGUGGUUAUCUGCCCGUGAAAUGCAAGCGUCUAAUCAGGUUUUCAUUGUCAGUGCCCUGCAUCUGGCCCCUUCCCCUCAGGGCUCCGGCCACCAUGGCACUGCUGGCCAUGGCUCCUCCUGGCCGCUUCCUUCCCCACUGGCCGCUGCCCUGUGUUUCCUCCUGUUCUCUGGGCAGCAGGAGCACCCACACCAGCUUGGCUUUCGGUGCCCAUCCCACCCUCCCCAUUCCUUGGGGAAUGGCCGACUCCUUUUUGCUUUUUUACUGCAUUUAAAGCAUGGCUUCAAUUGUUGCAGCCCUCAGGGAGGAAUCCCUGGCUGCACUAUGUCCGGGGGCGGCAAAGCCAUGCAGAGCCCUCCCUGCCCAAUGCCCCAUUUUGUGGGGGUCCCCAGCUUUGAGCAUUUGGUGUCCCACAGGACCAGCUAUUUCCCCGCGCUUCCCCUGUGGUGCAUGCUCCCCACCACUCACUUUGGGAAGAGCGAAGUUGCACGCACGUGAUCCGCACGUGGACGCGGGAGGCUGUGUUGUUCCUCUUGCCAGGCAGUUGUGCAGAGGGGGCUGUGCUGUGGGGGAAGCCCGUGCCUGGAGCCCCCCCAAACCCCAGCAGGGACAAGCCCUUCCCAAACCAGCUAGCCCCCAUUUUAGCCUUGGAUCUGGUGCCAGUGAAGGAUCUGCUCUGCACUGGCUCACCUUGGCCAGUAGAGCCAGGUUCCGCUGUACCCGGCUGUGGUGGGCAACACUGCUGGGGUGGCAGGAAGCAGGUGGCAGGGUGGCUGGGAAGGGAUGCUGCUGAAAAUCUGCCUUAAACAACCUCCCAAACAGGGCCAAGAGCAGCAGCAGCCGAUGCCGGUGGGCGUGUGAGGUGUGGAUGAUGCUCCAGUGUAGUGCUCCUCCACGCAGCACCACGCCAUACCCUGCUGUCGGCUGCACCAAGAGCAGGGGCAUCCCGGCAGAGUGCUGCCAAGGAGCUUCCCGGCAGAGAAGGUCCUGCCACAGCAGCUCCUCCAGCCAGGUUUUUCUUUGCUAUGCCUAAUGGCUCCUUCCUGCAAUGAGCCGCCUCCUCCCACGGCCAGGGAGCAUGUGGCUGCAGCACUGGCUUGGUGGCUGCCGCAGGCUGCAUUUGCAGGGCAGGGGCUGUGCUCAGGUAUGGCUGUGCUGUGGGGUGCUGGCAGGAACCCCGGCCACCCCAAGCUGCCAGCCCUGGAGAUGUGGCCAUAACAGGAGCCGGCAGCGCCUGGAGGAGCUGUACUAGGCUUGGCAGGGACUGUUGCUUGAAGCAGCCUCUGAGGUCACCCGUGGCCCCUAUUCCCCAGGGGUUCUGGGCGUGUGGGAGCUCCCCUGACCCUUCCCAGGCAGUGGGGUGCUGGGUGCAGUGGGGCACCUGCUCCCUGGGCUCUGCCUCCCCAUUUUGGGGCUGCCAGUUCCUCUGGUUGCACGCUGCCCCAUGCCUGUCCAUUGCUAUGGGGACGGAUGGAGCCGUGACCAGGAGAAAGGGCAUCCUCCUACCUGGUUCUGGCAUCCCCCAGGGAAGCUUGGAGCAGGGGACCUGCCUGUCUCGGCUGCCAGAGGUACUGGUGGCCCUGUCUCAGCUGUGGGUACGGGCACCACAGCGCAGGGAGAGGUGUGUCUCCGGGCUCUUUGCAGGGAUCCUCAGUAUCCCCCAGCCCCAUCCUGGGUGGCCUCAGAGUCCCCUGGAGGCACCUCCCUGACGGCCAGCCAUCAGCAUUGUAGAUGUGUCGGUGUGUAGCGGUAGCUGUGCGUGUGUGUCGGCGUUGCAUUAGCCACGGUGUUGUAGCCCCGGUGCGGGUACCAGCCUGCGGAGGCAGGCGGGUGUCACGCAUCAGACACGUGUUCCCUGUAUAGAGCGCGUCCCUGUCCCUGCCCCCUCCCCAGGCCGUUCCCCACCAGACCCAGACCCACCCAAGCUGGAAAAGCCAAAUAAGCGCCGGGCCAGUCGCGACGCCAGCAGCCUGCUCCCGCCUCGCCGCCACCCUGGGGGGCUCUGCCUUCCCACCCCUGGGCAGCCCUGUGCCAGGAGCACCCCAAGCCUUCUCUCACAUGUCAGCUGGGUUUGGGGUUCCCAUGGGGUCCUGCGGCCCCAGGUCUCUCCAGUGCGCACACAUCUUGCCCAGCACCUCGGUGCCUUGUUGGGGCGUGCGGCCACCAUGUGCUGUGCACCCAUGGGCCGGGGCGCUCCCUCCACGGACCGUCAGGCGAAACAUUUCCUCAGGAGCAGGUUCUGGGUCAGCGCCGGAACCGGAGCCAGAGCUGGGGCCAGCCCCCAGUCCCGGCCACAAGCACAACACCAUCCGCUUCGUCCCUGUCCCCCUCCCCAUCCCCCUCCUGCCCCCUCCUCGAGACUCGCUGGGUGUAUUUGUUGGGGGAGAACCGUUGUGGACAGUGGUGGAUUUUCUGUGCCGUGUGGUUGUAGUGCUUAGAGACCCCCCCCAGCGUGUGGCCCCCUCCCGCUGCGCCCCCCGCCUCCCCGCUGCCCGGUGCUGGCUGGCAUGCGUGUGCGAGCGUGUGUGCGUGCGCGUGCGACAUCCCGUCAUCACUAGAGACAAAGUGAAUAAUAAUAAUAAAAAUAAAUUAAUAAUAAAAAUAAACCAAACCUCUCUCAGGAAGAAGCUGCCCCGGUGGUGGCCGAAUGGGCCGGGGGCCCCCGGAGCUGGCGGGGCCCCGGCGCAGCCUGCGGACGGGCACCAGCGCUCGGGGUCACCUUUGUAGUGUUGUGUUAGUGAAGGGUUCCUGUAUAUGUUGUCUUGGAGAAAUAGGCUUUUAGCCGAGGGGCAGCCCCAUCCCGUCCUGGGGAGGGGGCUGCGAUGUGGCUGGCUCCUGCUCUGCGGGAGCUCGGGUAACAGUUAUCCUGACUAUUGUGAUUAUGGAAUAAAGUGUGUUGGUCUGCUG